AUGGAGCUCGAUGACGGGUGGGAGCCGACCGCCGAGGAGCUCGAUUUCCUGGAGAGGGAGGCCAUCCGGAAGAUCAACGAGAGAAAGGCUUCGUCGGCCGCUGCGUCCACGUCCUGGCCUUCAUCUCCCUCUCCCGCUGCCGGAGUAUCUCCAUCUGCGUCGCCACUGGCCCCGCCGCAGCAUGAACAUUCGAGAGGUGACCUCCUUCCCACCGUAGGGGACUAUGGCCGGUCGCCGGCGAUGGUUAACCUGGGGGCCCGGUAUGAGCAGACCUCCCCGUUGAAGAAUGUCGGCCAGCGUCCGACGACAACCGACCGGAUACACCAGAGAAACACGGUUUGUUCGAUGGAUCUCUCUUUCUAUUUUUUGGUAACUUGUGCGGCUUUGUUCUCUGUUACUGGCAUGUUUUGGCCAACAAGAAAGAUGUGGCUAGGGCUUUUGUUGCCCGCUGACGGCCACGUCUCACAGUUUGUACAAGUUUAUUUUUCUCUGUUUCCUUCAGAAUGCAACGAGAAUGAGCCUUCUUACAUCACUGUUCCGUGGUUUGCCCUGUAGGACAUGCAAUUUGAUGCAGAGAUUUAUAUGCAUCCGGGAGAAAGAACGGUAGAAAGGAUUGACUGAUUGAUUAAGCCUUCUUGUAAUCAUCAGAUUAUUUAUUUCACAUGAAAUGGACUAACGAUACCCGUUAUCGUGAUUUUUGCAUCUGGGGACGGGGUAGGUGCGCCAGUCUACUGCCAUUCGUGUCAAUGGAGUGGUUGCUCAGAAGGAUGUAAAAUCUAUACCAAAACCACGGUAAAAAUACACCGAAAAUCACAGACAGAGAAUUGAUAAAUGGGCGAGAUCCUAUGUUCAUGUAUCUAUUUGAAGUUGCUCCGACUCUUGCAGCCUCACGCUGCAAAUGGUAGGGGGUUUAUUGCUUAUGUUUGCAUGAAGUUUCCCUAACUUCCACGGCUUUGUGAUGUGGUAUCUGAAAUGUAAAUUAUGAUCUAUUUUCAUGGGGGACGUCUGAUCUCCUCUUGAAAAUAAUUAUGAAAAAUAAUGACGAAUAAUUGGCCGGAAAUGGGAAUUUUUGCUUCGAUUGGGCAAUUCUAGAAUAAAUGUUCUUUUAUCAGCUUCAUCUGUAAGAGGAAAAGUGGGAGCUGCAUCUGACGCCUGAUGGUGGAUGGCAGAGGGCGGAGAGCAGAGGAGAAGAUAUAAGAGGAGUAAGGAACAAACUGGAAAAUUAGACUACUUUAUGGCCCGACUCAUCGAUGCUUGUUAUCAAAAUAGCACGGGUGUUAUUUGAUCAAAGGGUAACAGGAUGAUGUAAGAGUCUCUUCCCUCUGAGAGGAAAUGAUCGCAUAGCUUGAAAUUCUGGUUAACCUACCGGCAGAAUGAUCAAUGCCAAUGGUAGACACAGACUCGUGCAGGUCAAAAUAAGACAGAAGAGGCUCUGUUUAUUGUUUAUUUCAUUUUCCACAAUUUUUUUAGAUGGAUGAUUUUUAUGUGUAGGGUUUCACACCUGAGACACCGCAUGUGUAAUUGUAUAGAUCUCUUUGUGGACUACAUCUGAACUCCUAGUCAACAUAUAGACACCGCAUCAUUCCUUGUGUGCCCAUUCUCAUUGACGGAAGCUCCUCUGUGAAAUAGGUAUUGAUCACGAUUGGCAAAAAUCAUCCAAAACGCAACCAUAGACUGUGAAACUAAUUUUGCAUGCAAUCCUUUGGUUCAUUUAGAGACUGAGAAUUGUAACCUGAUAUUCAAAAGCCAAAAUCGCUCCAUAGAAUGGUGGUAACGAUUGGUUGCUUCUGGACCAGAUCUCUGCUUAGACCUAGCCCAGGUACGUACAACAUUCUGUUUCCUCAGCCAUUUUGUAUCCAUUCUAUUUCCUCACCCAUCUCCUUCUCAGCCACAAACCCUGCACUUCCAUCUCUCAUCGUGCUCCCUUCCCUUCCCUUGGCAGCUUCCUACCUUCUGCCCAUCCAGUUGCCGCACCUCCAUUCCUGCUACAGGUCCCACCUCUCCCUCUACCGUUAAUCCUUCCCAAGGCAUCCCUCACAUCCUGUGUCAACCUUCUCCUACGUACUCCCCCUGCUUGACAACCCCCCCAUGUUUCCCUCCCUUCAUGGUUCCCAUGCCUGGGACCGUCCGUGAUGACAAUCUCCCUGUGCCCUUUUUCCUGCCGGGUCAAUGGCCUAUUAUCUGGGGUUUUAAUUGAGUUUGAGCUAUGUCUGGGUCUCAUGAUAGGUUUGAUGUCUCAGGCCAGGCUUUAGGAUACCCCAAGUUUGAUCCACAGUGUAUUAUUAACCAAAACAUUCUUGAUUAACAUAUUUGAUCAAGAUACUUGAAUUUUUUGCAUGAUAAAAUAAAAUAUAAACUGUCUUCUAAUUCUUUGGUUAUGAACCAGGGAGGAGCACUUUUUCCUGCAGCCUCUCAAAGAUUGGAUAAAUCAAGAGAAACGGGUGAAGUUACUUCAUGUUCUUUUCAGGAUUCAUGUUUAUUUUCUUGUUGAUUUUUCAUUUAUUAUUUACCAAUUUGUUCUUUUGAAGUACAAGCUGCUCAUAUUUGGAAAUCGUUCAUUGCUAACCUAGUUUCACCUUCAACUUUCAUGGGAAUGAUACUUCAGGGAACCUUCCAAAACUGUCCCUCAAACUUUAUCUUCACGCCAGUGGUGAUAUAGCUGCGAAGUUUUCUUAUCACCAAGUACACAGUUACCCUUUUUUCGUGUAGUUUCAAUUUUCAUGGCAUAAUUUCCUUCACUCAAAAAUAUUUUUUACGCUUUCCAGAUACUUGUGGAAACUUUUCAUAAGAUUCCAAGAACUUGUUGGAAUGCAAAAGAAAGGUUGUUCCUUAUCAUCAGUAUCUUAAGUUAUUUUGGGUUCUAGUGUCUUGUUCUAUUGAUAGGAAAUAUUCUACAACAUGAAAUUAUCGUUGUAAUGUCCUCAGGUUAUGGAUGCUUCCAGCAUCAUCUCUAUCAGUAGCCGAAGAAGUCCUCAGCAGAAUUACUUGUGCAAAUGUUGAGGUAUGGUCAAACUCUUUAUUAAAUUACUCGUCUAUUCGUUUAUCAAAUUUAGCCACUUGCAUGAUAUGGCUUGAAUAUAAUAUUUUUAGUUUCUUCUCGUGUCUUUUUUGAUGUUUUGAGUGCAUAGUUUUUUGAGUAAUGGAUAGUAGGCUGAACCUUUGAAAUUUCUGUGAACUAGUUAUGGUGUGUCGAGAAACAAGACAUAAAGAACGCAAACAUGGAGGAGAAACUUCCUCUGUCCUCUGUUGCAGAGGGGGAGAAACAUUGGAAACCGCCCCACUCCUUCAUUUACCUUAAACGUCCCUUAAAUAGGGACGAAACCUACAUGCACUUUUCCAUAAUACCCUUAGUCCUUUACAAUAUUACCCUUACACCUUCUAUCAUGGUGUUGCUUUAUGAGACUGAGAAAGCAGAAGGUAAGAUGAGCUGGGGAUGAUGAAGGUGCUGACUGGAACUUGACACAAAAUUAUUGUAUACAAAUAAUUAAUUAUUUGUGAUAUCGAGGGGUAGUUUAGGUUUUCCUUUUUUCCCCACUUGAGGUUAGGCAUGAUAAUAACCAUUUCUUUGCCCAGCAACCAUGAUCAAGGGUAAAGAGUGAGAUUUUUUGUCAAUGACCCAGAUGAUGAGUGAGCCUGGUGGGUUAGAAGUCACCCUUACCUCUUUUCAGAGGAAGCGAUAAAAGAUGGCUAUGGUGGUCUCGAGACAUAGGGCCUCCUCGUGGAAUGCUUGAGUUUUUUGGUAAUCUUCUUACAUCUCUUUCCAAUGUUCUUGCAAAAAUAAAUGUGGAAGCUCAGGACCUAGGCUUUAUCUUUCUUCUUAUCACGGACUGUUGAGCAAAUCUCCUUUUUUGGGUCGAUGGCUUUUGAGAGAAGCAGUCUUUUCUAAAAUUAACUUGAGAAGUUUGUUCAAAAUAGGAAACCAUUUACCUUGCCCGAAGAAAAUUGCAGAAAUUGGCCCUUGAUCUUAUUUUUUCGUAAAAUCAACACCUUGACUCUUGAUCUUGUUCUUUUGCGUCAUUAUCAUGCACCAUGAAGAAUCUUAUUCCAUGAAAGUCAGCUGUGUUUCUAUUCCUCUGCGUUAGCCAGGAUUCUGGUUUUGAUAAAUAUCCUCUUGCAUAAAACGUCCAGUCACCUGGUCUUGAACUUUAUUCCUGUACUCGAAAAUAUCUCUCAUGUUCAAAUAACUCUCUCGUACCAAAUUUCUUCACUCCUUGAAAACCUAUGUUGUUCUAAAAACAUUGUUUUAUGAUGCUAUUUCUGAGGUUUUCUGGACCAUAAAUUGGCGACCAUAUAAAGAACCCAGUGAAUCAAUACAUCUUAGAGACUGUAGGAAUGAAUCUCUGCAGUUAGACCAUAUAAUUGCAACACCAAUAAUAGACAUGCCUGUUGAUCCAUAACCAGCUAUGGCUGGAAAUGACAUGAUCUCUAUGUCAGAAUGUCUCUCUUACAGAAAUCUCUGAUAUCAGAUUGUAUUUGGUUUUCUAGACGUGGACCAUUUCCGUUUACCUUCAAAUAAUUAAUGGUAUGCCCUUUAAAAUUUUACUGUGUCAUCCCAAUUAUCUGUUCCUUAAAUUCCAGAAAAACCCACGCAAAACAAUGUUUCAACUAUUUUUAAAGAGUAGCAACUGUCAGGCUCUAGGGUUUUGCACCUGAUCAUCAAAUGAUUCCAACUUCUCCGCUUAUCUCAAUACAAUCCCUUUGUUAAUUACUUUUGAGACCAAUUGACGCGGGAUGGUCUUCUUGUCAACUCGGUAAUAAAUUCUUUUCGUAUGGGCACACAAGAUACGCUCUAUAAUUUGUCAAUUCUUAAACAUCUCAUCUUCUCUCCAUCCUGCACCUGCAUCUGGCACACAAAACAGGUCGUCACUGGAAAUCACCAUGCCUUCUUGAUCACCCAUAGAUUCUCUGUGAUUGUUUCCUAAUCCCUCUGUUUAGUGUUUCCUGUCUUCCCUUUUUAUAGUGGACCAAGAUCCAUGGUCCUAAGAUCUAGGGUUCUUCUUUAUGGAAGCUUUCUCUGUUUUCCUCUGGCCUUUUUCUGCUUGGAUGCUUUGCACCUAUCUUCUCACUGACAGUUAGUAGCCGAGCACCUCCAUGUGAUUGGCGUCUUUUCCUAUGUUGCCCUAAAAGAUCCGUUUAUCCAUGUGCAUUAUCCAUUUAUAUUUAUCUUGAAUGAUGUUGUUUCCUUACAGGUGCAGAAGUUGGAUCCUUUGGUGCAUCGUGCCCUUCUUGCUGCAUCUGCUGUUCCGGAUCUUCAAGGUACAUCAUAUCUCUGCAGUGGCUUUAUUUACUCCUAUCUCAUGGUCUUUUGUCAAACUUCGACUUUUCAAUUUGUUAGUAAGUAAAAAUCUGGAAGUAGUGGUUUUCCAGAUUUUGUUUGCAUUUGGAAUCUGGCAUCAAUGUCUAUUUGUUUGGACUUUGGGAUGUGACACAAUAAUUAAAAAAUAAGUCUGGUCACUGGAUUGCCAUCAGUGGCAAUGUUUUUGGGCUGUCAUCCUCCUUUUAGGAAACAGUUAUGAUAGUAUUGUAAUAAAAUAGGGGAAUCUAAACAAGUAAAAAGGUUCUUGGUCUUUCUGUCUUGUUCGUAUUAUCAAAAAUAGAAGGAAGAAAGGCUUUAUUUCUUUCAUAUAAAAGUGUCUACAAGAAUGGAAGUAUUGAUGAAUCGACACCAGUUCAAUUCGAUUUUUCUAAUCAUAUCAGUGAGAAAAUGCAUAAUAAGAGCAUCCCUUUCACAAAAACCUAAGGAACCCCCCCUCCAGCCACAUCAGCAGCCAGUGAAACCGUAGCUAUUAUAGCGUAGACUGCUCAUUUUUCCUAAAUCAGAUUCAACCAAACCCCUGUGUCUGUGAAGAGGGGUCUUCUUUGUCUGUUUUGCAUGUAGCACUCUGGUCCAAGGCUGGCCAAUGUAAAACCUUACUAUUAAGUAUAUUCCACUCAUUGCUAAUUAAGUUUGAAUUUGACAACCUGAUUAUAUACCGUAUUAUCCGUGUUUCAGGUAGUAUUCUUGGAUUGCAUUUAAUGUUUCCAUUAUCCAUGCGAAAAAAUGUAAACAAGUUUGGUAUCUACAUGAUGGAGAGUUAGUGGAGGCUGUCAUGGUGUAUUUGUUUUAAUCUCUACUUCGAUGAGUGGUUGAAUUUUUCUUUCCUACUUUUCUUUGGUUAUUUUGAAUUUCUCUUUGUUGGUGCUCGAACCAUGCCUGACCAAGAAUGGAUUUAUUUUUAUACAUUCCUCGUAUUUUUUAUUGCACAUGCACAUAACCUUUAUAUUGUACAUUUUAUGGACUUAGAAAUGUUUUGGGAAGGUUUAUAUGACAGGAUGCCCAGCUUCAUCGAAUCAAAGCUUCUACCCUUUCAACGAGAUGGUGUCAGGUAUAAGCUACAGCCCUUUUUCAAAAUCAGAUAGCUCUGUUGUUUUGGGGAAGCAUGAUGCAUAAAAUUUAUGUAUUCUGUUUUUGCAUCGUAUGCAGGAGUUUCUUCCUGGGGUUUCCUUAGUAAAUAAUAUUUCAUGGAUUUUUUUUCAUUGGUGAGAAUAUUGACUGAAUGAUAGUCUGUCUGUGAACUACUUCCAGGAGCAUUCACUUUGACUUUUUAAGCCUAUAAUUUUCCAAAAUACCCACAAAUCAGCCGGCUUCUGAUCAACUCAUUUCCAGGAUACAAAUCAGGCUGUAAUUUUGCUUUGGUAUAACUCACUUUGAUAUCUUGGUAGUUUUGUCUGCAUAAAUAAUUCGUGUCGCUUGAGAAGAUCUAAAUACCAUGAAUUUUCUUGCACCGGAUGGAUAUUAUUAGGAUGGUGUGUUUUUUUGGGAAUUAUUCAUUGAUGUUUGAUCGUAAUUCGUAUUUGUUCAUAGGCUUUGUUUCCGAUUUCUAAUGAACAAUGGUGUCCAGUUGGAAAGAAUUAUCUUUAUGAAUUUUGUUUCAUUUGCUUGCUUUCUUGUCUUUCUUCUAGGAUAGAUUAUUCUCUUUCGUUCACUACUUCUCACUGGAAUCUAGCGGAAAAAAAAUUGGCCUUAUCUUAGUGUGUAAUAUUGCAUUCCUUUUGCUCCUGGAAGUUUUCCCAUUCCAUAUAUUCCUUUUAGAAUAGCCCAUUUGUUAUUAUACUUCGCUGUAUCAUGGUUGUGAGAUUCAUACAAAUUGAUGUUCAUGCAUCUCACGCAUAUCAGACGUUGACAUGUUCACAUGAUUGCCGAUUUAAUAUAUCAAAAAACAUUUCAUAAUUCAUCUCAUUUCUCAGUUCGCCAAGUAGGCGACCGAAAUACUGAAAAACAAUACUAAUCAAACAAAAGGUCUAGGAAAUCAAAAAUGAGUUUUAUAGUGCGGAUUAUCCUCAGUACUUCAGCUCUAGUUGUCUGUAAUAUUGUGACUUUUAGUGAAAUUUUUGGGUUUUUGUGUACAUCGAGUUAAGCAUCAUCAGGUUCAAAAGAAAUUAUCUUGAUUUUAGGGAACCAUUUCUAUAUUUUCUGCUUGUAUAUGUUGACCUAGACUAGAAAGUCUUGACUAGUCAUUUUAUGUAUAUAUGCAUGUUUACUCUUGGCGCUGUUUCUUUUAUUAAGUUACCAAAAGUUCACUUAUUUUUAUUUUAGGUUUCUACUUCGUCACGGAGGCCGGGUACUGCUUGCUGAUGAGAUGGGUCUUGGAAAGACUCUUCAGGUACUGAUUUUCUACCUUUCAAACCUUUUACAGCUCCAAUUUCUGGAUCUAUUUUAGAAGUUAUUGUCAUGGAUUACGAUUACCCAGAUGACGCAAUAUUUUUGUUUCUGUAUAUAUACUUGGAUAGAUGUUCACUGCACUUUUGCUAUAUUUCACUGAUAUUUCAGUGUUUGGGUUCGCUGCAUAAACAAUACUCUUGUAUGAAUAGUAGUAAAUAUUAACCCGUUUUCAUUUAAAUGGCAUUAAUUUACACUAAAAGUUGGAUAUACAGAUAAGAGUAUUUUUUUGUUUGAUUAGAGGUGCUUUGGUCUAGAAUAUUCCUUUAUAAGUAAACGAAAUAAGAGGUCAGGGAAAUCGUUGAAUGUCAAUUUAUUUAGUGUGUUAUAAGUAAUUGUUCCUUAGUCACAUCCAAUUUAUGUGUGGCUAAAAAGGAUUACAGUAGGUAUUUACCAGCAUAGUUACUCAAACAAGAGGAACUAGACGCAUACAAAUGCAUUUGCAGUAACGGUUGUGUUAUUAUCUUAUGCCGUCAGUGGUUUAAUGGAUAUAGUGACGAGCUUGGAGGAUUGUAUAAUCAGGAAGUCUUCUGAUUUUGAUUUUAUUUUGAUCAUUCUAGGGGAUUAUAUGCAUUUUUUUCUUGUUGAUUUUUAUAAUAUCCACGAGCUUUUGUCAUGUAUAUUUCUAAAAGAUGGAUAUCAUCAAAUAUUAUCAAAGAUACUGGCUUAUAAGGGCAUCAUGUCAAAUUUCCAGAGGAUAUCCCUAGAGAAUAUGAUCCAUUGGUGGAAUAGCUUUUACAAUGUCGCCUAAGAAUAGAAUAUCAUAUGUUCAGAAUGGGGAUGUUGGUGGGAUGGAGAAACUUUAUGUUUUGGUGACAAUGACCUCUUUAUGAUCUUGUUUUAGUUACAAUCAUAGGUUCUUUUCUAGUUCUAGAAUGAGUGAUAUUCCCUCUUUCCUGUUCAUAUUUGGGAGUUAUCCAGUCUUCCUAAAGUCUAGCGGCCACAGAUUAAUGAGAUGUGUGAUAGAAAUGGUUCUUUGCCAAUCUAUUCUCCUGACAGAUCAAAUCAUUUUACCAUUGACGGAAUCUGUCCUGGGCCAUUCAAAUGUUUUCCAAACUUUGGAUUUUCUUUGCUGAUAGCAUGAAGUAUUGUUAUUAUUAUUUUUGCGCAGAUUGCAAGCCUAUUUUUGUGCAGAUUUUGUUAAUGGAGUUGUUUGGGCUGUGUUUGGCAACUUACAGAAAAUCUGCUGAAGCAAAACUUUUUUCGUUUUGAACUAUGGUGAAAUGUGAAUAUUCACCAGGAUAUAAAUACACACCGCUGCACAGCUAUUAACACCGUUGUUCAAUCUCCUGGUGAAGUUCCUAUAUGCUGCAACCCUACUAGAUGAUGGGACUAGUUUCAACAUUCUGAACAUGCGUGGGCUACAAAAUAUUUUCCAUUGUAGGAAGUUCAUUUGUUAUGUUAUAAUAUAUAACAGUCUUCAUCAAGCCUUUAACAUUAUAGCAACAUUGUUACAUUAUUCGUUGCAGGCUAUUGCUUUUACAGCCUGCAUUCGUGAAUCUUGGCCAGUUCUUGUCUUGACUCCCUCUUCAUUGCGUUUACAUUGGGCAUCAGUAAGGUUUUUGAUAAGUAUUUUUUUUUUUCAUGUGCUUAGUUGGUGUUGCUUGUAUUCGUUUAGAUCUUACAUGUAAUGAUGCCUAUUAAUAUAUAUUUUUUCUAUCAGACGAUUCAGCAUUGGCUCAGCAUUCCUCCAUCAGAUAUACUGGCAUGUUUUCUAAACUUUCUGCUGCGAGUUCUUAUUUUAGGAUCUGAUAUUUUCAGUACAGAACAUGGCAUUCAUGAGCUGCAUUAGAUAUCUUUUUUACCUUUGAUACAUGUAUCUUCAUUGCAUUUACCGAUCACAGUGCAAGUUAAUCUAUGAUGUGCUGUCUAGUUGGAAACUUUUGACGCAUGUAAACUCUGGUGCAGUCCUGUAGACGCAUAGUGGGUACAGAAAAUGAGGUGAAGGGGGGUUGAUUUUAGUGUGAUCAGCAGUAUCUUCUUAUCACAUCACGUCAUGUCACGGCAUCAAUUUAUCUUCUUAUCACUUCUUAUGAAACAAGUUGGUUGGGAAGGGGGGGGGGGUGGCUUGCUCAGAAGGGAAUCAAGUUGCCGUGGAUAGACCUUUAGGAUGUACUACACAAGCCUUUAGGAUGUGACCAGAGCCAGUUCAGGCAGUGUCAACCUGCCUGGUGUCAUCUUAUUGUGUGGCGAGAGGUGGAAUAUAGUUCGAUUCUAAGGAAUUUUGGAAGAAUGAAAGAGAUAUAGCCUUGAGAAUGGGCUCAAGGAAAUACAGCUAUAACCCUAUUAUUUACAGCCAGGGGUAGCUUGAGAUGAGGGACAACGGAGGAAAAAAGAUGAUAAAAAGGCAUACAGCUGGCCCUCCCAGAUUCAUGGAUCCUAACAAACCAGAGCAAUUUCUGCCCAUUUUCUCGAGCUGAGCAUCAUUAUUAGCUAUUGUCCACUUAGUUAUCAUUUCGUCAAAUUGGAGAGGGCAAAUGUCAAAGAAAGUUAGUUCAUUGAGUCAACAUUCUAUGAGAGUUUCACAUUCUAAAAAUACGAAGUACUUAUUGUACGAAAUCUAGGGAAACGUUUUUCAUCUUGCCAUUUUAGAAAGUACGGGUAAUACACUAUGAACUUCAAGAAUUUUGACCAGUCCCAGAAAGUGAUUUUCCUCUUGAAAGAAAACUCGGUGAGAAAACAGGAGAAGAGGAGUUUUAUGCCUGCCUAGCUCCUUUUUUCCUUCUCCCUAGCCCGAGUCUUCCAUGAUAAAUCUCAGAACCUUAAAACAGAGUCAACUGGAUUUAUUUUUCACUUCUAUGUCAAUUCGGGUUCGUAGAUGUUACUUAAAUUUUAAGCCUGUGGCUUUAUAUCUUUUUUCCUUUUGAGAGAAACUUUGGAGAUAGGGGAGUAUCUGCAGUAGAACUGUGCCAUUGGAUGGUCUUGCAUUGCCAUGUAAAAUAGCAUUGAUAUCCUGAGUACUUGCAAAUCGACCACCAGCGAAACUAUGAUUAGCUUCUUACAUGAAUCUGCUAUCUCGUAAAAAGAAAGUCAUCGAUGCCUUACAUCCAGUUAAAACAUUUCUUCUACUUGCUAUAUUCUCUGCAUCUAUUUGGAGUCUUAUUUUUAUUUAGUAUUUGAUAGUAUCGCCAUCAUAAUCAUGAUUUUAACAGCCCUAAAUCCUCCUAACUUAUCAGGUUGUCUUGCCUCGAUCAGGAGGAUCGAAUCGGGGAGGGUAUGAUGUACAAUACACGAGUGGUAAGGCAUCUGUUCGUCUUGAUGGUGUGUUCAACAUCGUUUCCUAUGACACUGCUCAAAAGCUACAAGAUGUACUUCUGGAGACACAGUUCAAGGUGAAUGAAAAUAUAGUUUGACAAUUUAUAAUGCAAGUCAUCUCUUUACCUAUCUUUGACGGGCUUGGGAAUACUUCCGUGUAGUAUUAGAAUUUCUUUUGUGGUUCAAUCUCUGAAUCAUCAAUACCUUUUCUUUUGGUGGAGCAAUGUUCUGGUUUUUGGCUCUCUUUGUGAAAGGUUUUCAUUUUGUGAUACUUUUACAUACAAAUUAUUUCAGUAUCGUGAGUGAGUGCACUUUUAUCCAUUGCUAAUUGAUUUGGGUGCUUUAUGGAACACCUCUCAAAAAAUUGCACAAUCUUUAUAGCUGUUCUUGUUGGGACGCGCAUUGUUUUUCCCUCAUCUCAUUUCCUAUUUGUAGGCAAUUACUUUAUGGUUAUGGCAGUUGGUUCUUUUCUUGUGUUACAGCUUGUUUUCCUUACUUUUCGGAGUUCUUCUGGGAGGUAGGGGGAUUGAUUUGUGGUUGAGCCAAAGCUAGUUUGAGUCAGCUUUUUUCUUUAUUGGUUUAGCUCUUGGUUGCGCUGAACAAAGGGCUAAACUUCUUGGUUUGGCUGUCCCAAGUUGGUCAUGCCAUAUAUGUGGAUUGGCUUCCCCUUACGCUGAUAGAGCCCUGAGGAUAUUUAUGGAGGGCAGCAGGCUACAAUUUAAUUAGACAGAGGUAGCAGCUUCACCACAAAUAACUGGCAGAAUUCUUGCAUCAAAUCUCAUUUUUUCUCUAUCCUAGCAUGAACACGCAAACAAACAGUGAUUAAAAAAUUAGUAUCGAAUAAAAAAAAAAAAAUCCUACUGAACUUCUGUUGAGGGAUGUUGAUUGAAAUUAUCCCGAGUUCAGGGUCAAAGCUCAACGCUGUGGAGUUGUAGUAACUCUUACAAUAAUGUGUUAGUUGUACCUAUUUCUCCUAAUUCUCUCUUAACAUAUAGUCCACAAACUUGCUGAUAAAAGGAUUUGACCCUUUGAUUAUCUCCACAAUUUUUUUCAUACCACGAUCGUUAUCCACGUCUCCUAAACCCUGAAUAUUCAUCAAUUUUAUUUGAGUAAUUACGAAGCUUCCAUGAAGAUCCUCGGUUAAUGUUUCUUUGUGUUUAGAUUCCAGAUAUUUCCCUUAGGCAACAAAGAAACUAAAAUCUAUUGGUCUCAUAGUGAUUAUUUUGGCCGAAAUAGAAAGUGAGGCAUCUAGUGGGACAUUAUUUAUUAUUUCUGGUUUAAAUGCUUAUUUUCGUAAAAAUAUUUUUGAAAAAGGAAAAAGAAGAUGAAAUAAUGAAGCAUCUGAAGUUUCCCCUUUUAGAGGUUUUGUCUAUCGAUCCUAAAAUUAUAUUUGUAUUGGUAUUCAUUAAGCAUAUGAUUAUUUAUACACACAAUUUUGCCUUGCUUUUUUUUGUUUCAUUAAAAUAAUUCCAGAGAUAUAGUUGUGACAUUAUGAGUACUCAUAGGUGCCUUGAAGUUCCAGAUCUUUUGUUCAUGGACAUGGAUUCUCUUCACUGAUUCGGACUCAAUCGUGGAUAUGCAGAGACUUGAAAAUUAUCCAUCAGCAUUUGGAGGGGGUUAUACUAAUGCUCAUAUCAGUUUAUAUGUAACGGUUUAUACUUUGUGCAUGCUCCUAUGAUUGCUCGAAUUAUUCAUAGAAAUUAGAUGUAACACCAGCACUAUUGGCAGAUGCUUCUAGUCUGAUUUUAGGGACGUGGAGGUUGAUAUCAAGUGUCAACAUGGACAUGGUUGUAUGGCAUAUAGUUGAGGAUUAUUGAUGAUGACAUAGAAAGGGAAUUGAGUAAUCAUUUGAAUGUUGCUCAAAAGUAGCAAAUGCUGGGUGAUUUUCUGUUUAAAUACAUGAAUAGUAUUUUCUGCAUAAGUUAGUGUAAUGAAUGUUUGUUCAGAUUGUGAUUGCAGACGAGUCACAUUUUUUGAAGAACGCACAAGCGAAGAGAACAAGUGCUUCACUUCCUGUUAUACAGGUCUACCAUCACACGCCUUCUACAUAUAUGUUACUGAAAUGUUUUUGUUACUUUAUUGUGACAUGCAUAAUUAACUUUAGUCAAAACAUUCUACUAGGACUUCUCAGUUUUAACAAAAAACACCUUUUGCCUGUGUGAAACCCUGAUCAUCAAUUACUACAGUGUUGAUCUUUGCAUGCUUACUACCAUGUGGUGCCUAACGUCUUGGUUUAGCAUGCUUUUUACCUUAUAUGUAUUUGUAUUAAUGUCACAUGCUGUCCGCUGAAUAAAAAUAAAAGUUUAGUGGUGCAGGAGCAAUCGAAAAUCAUUUGAAGUCAUCAUUUUCUUAUCUGAUCACAGUUUUUAUAGAAGAUGGCAACGAACUAGGGUUCACAAAAGAAGGAAUGUCGUUCUCCCAACCUGAGGUGUCAUAAAAUAUCUAGUGUUUCCUAAUGUACCAAUGUGACACGCUGUUCUGAAAGUGAACUUAUUUACCUUUUUCCCAGUUCUGUCGAAGAGUGCUUCUAUCCAUGAUAGAGAUGUUUUUGCCAGUAUGCUAAACAGAUAUUCUGGUUUCCGAAUCUCUUCCUCCAUCGCCGAUGAAUGAGACCAUAUUCCAAAAAGUGUUCCCCAUGCCUUUUCAGUUUCUAUAACUUACCUAACAACAUCAAGGUUAAAAUCUCUGAUGCUGACGCCAAGAAUCCCAUUCCUUCUGUUUCUGUUUUCUUUUUGGUUGGUUUCAUGUUAUUCUCUAUGCCUCCGUCUACUUGUGUACUGGAAAAAUCUAUCUUGUCUUGAUUCUACCCUAUUUUCCAGUCUUCGGUUUGGUUAAUUGCACCUCAGUAGCCCCUCCCCUUGCAUCUCUCUCUCUCUUUCACUCACUCACUCACACACACACCCCCGAGCGCAUGUGCUCGCACAUGUACAUGCAUAUGCAUACUCUGACAAUUGUUUUUUAGAUGACCAUUAUAAACCUCUCUCAUUCUCAUAAUCUAGCAGUUUUUCUUAUGGAUAACAAUUCAAUUUUCUCUUGUUCUUGAGAAUAAUGUGUAUCAUUCUUCAGACCACUAUUACUCUCUCUCUCUCUCUCUCUCUUACACGCACAGAGCAAUAAUGGCACAAUUGAUCAGGCAUUAGGCAUUUUAUUUUUCCUAAAGAGUUGGAUUUCUCACAUCUUAUCUUUAUUUUAGAGAGCUACAUAUGCAAUUUUGCUUUCUGGGACUCCUGCUUUAUCUCGACCAAUCGAACUCUUCAAGCAGGUGCCUCCCUGAAUGUUUAUCUUUGCCUACCAGUAAAGCAUUGCAUCCUCUUUUCCCCUGAUACAAUCUGAUUUGCAGCUACAAGCAUUGUAUCCAGAUGUGUACAAGAAUGUCCAUGAAUAUGGAAAUCGGUACUGUCAGGGUGUAAGUAGAUCAUUCCUCUUAUUGUUGUACUUUCCAUGCUGUCGUAUCUUCUAUCCUGGUUAAUUGUAACUUGGCUUUGUAAACAAAUAAUUCCAGAGUUUGUUUGGCAUGUAUCAAGGAGCAUGCAACCACGAGGAACUGCACAAUUUAAUGAAAUCAACUGUGAUGAUUCGCAGGCUCAAGAAAGAUGUGCUCACUGAACUUCCUUCAAAGCGUAGGCAGCAAGUAAUGCUUACUAUUUACAUCAAGUAAUUCUUACUAUUGUACUUCAAAACGCCAACAUAAGGCAUGAUGUUUUGUAUUAUCUAUUAUUUCGUUCUUGAAUGUUAAUUUUUGUUCAUUGACACCCCUAUAUAAUUUCUACAAAUUCCUUUUGACUGUUUUCUUGCACUUCCUGUUUUAUAUAGUGUCAGGGUUUUUUUUAUUCUAGUUACAUAUUGUGCCUCAUUGCCAUAAUUGAUGGAUGGAUCAUCGUGCCACAAUUCUUUUAUGCAACACAUUUCGUUGGUUUCCCUAGAAAUGACCUUGUUAUAGAAGAUUAGUUUGUCCUUCUCUUUUGUGAAUUGCCUGAUUUGAAUUUUGCAACUUUAGAUAUGUAAAAAUCAACUGGUUGAUACACCAGUUUCGUGCUUCAAUUUUGUCUGUGCGUCCAUUUAUCAGGGUCACCACCCUCAGUUAUGGCAUGGGAAGUGAAGGGGACCUCUCAUGGCUGCUCUCUUUCUGUGUUUCUGCCUGAUUUCAUGGACUGUUUUCCGUUUUCUCCUCACAUUUUUGGAGAAACAGAUAGAGAGUUUUCGUUACGUUUAAGGCUUUGAAAUGUUCAUUGGCAACGGUUGGUACUUUGCCAAGGACUUUGACUGCAAUGCAUUAAAUGUGAUGUAAUAUUUGUUUAUCUUUCUUCGUUGUCUUAAAUAAGAAAAGUGUGCUGACGAACAUGCCAGAAGAUCUAUCAAAUGUUUCAAGCUACAUUUUGAUCCUAUUUUCAAAUCUUUCACCUGGCUUUCCACUUGAAGCAGGCUUACUGUAAGUCAGUGAUGUACCUCUCCGUUGAAAAUUAUUAUGUUCUCAUAGAGCAAUCUGAAUGCAUUCUGCACCCUAAGAACUUUCUAACACCUAAUGUACACCUUUAACAUUCGCAUCGCUCGAUUUACUUAUCCUGAUUGUAUCAUCAUAUGGGUGUGUUGAAUUUGCAUCAAAGUGACUACCUUUUUCCACUUUGCCUAGGUCUUUCUGGAAUUAGAAGAAAAAGAUCUGAAACGGGUUCGUGCACUGUUCUGUGAGGUAGGUCAAAUAUGUUACUCAAAUGGUUUGUCUAGGGCAUCCAAAAUUCCUCUGAGCAUUAUUAUAUCUCUGGAAGUAAUAGUCUGUACCUUUGAAUUCUGCUGUGGUCUUACACGCUUUGGGACUCCCUUGUUCUCUUUUUUUCAAAUCGUUCUUUCAUUAUGGAAAGUGAAUUUUUGAGGAUGAAUAAUGAUUCUGCUAAACAAAAUUUUAAGAGUACUUCAAUUUCAUCAUAUCUUGGGCGCAUCAUACAUGUAUUAUGUGCUCUAUAUUUAGACUUUUAAGAGCACAUUUCCAUCAUGGUCGAAGAAUAUUAAAAUCAGGGAAAAUCCUCUUCCUUUGGUCUUCUACCUUUUUACUUCAAAAUUUUAGUAAACGUUCCUGGUAGGUAAGGUGUUAUCCUUGAGCGCAUAUCAAGGGGAUAUAGCUUACUCUUUCGAACUUCCUGAAUUCAGUAUUUAUCGUGUGACUUUUAAGAGGAUACUUCUUAUUCUGCAGUUGGAAAUAAUUAAAAGAAAUAUCAAGGAGUCUGACUCUCCAGAAGUGACUGAAUCACUGAAAAUCUCACAAAGGAACACUAUCAAUAAGGUAUUCCUACCAACUUCAUCUGUGUUUUUCAGGUAAACUAACAAAUGAAUUCGAUCUUUUCCCCUUCUCGUCUCUAAUUUUUUAUUGUAUCGCAGUUAAUGUGAAUUGCCACAGUAUCACGAUUCUACAUGAAGUAUAAGCAGAUGCUACUUUCCAAUAUCUUUCUUUAUUCCUCUCAUUUUCGUGCCAGCUAGAUAUAGCGAGUGAAGUGCAACAUUGAAGGAAACCAAUUUACCAACCUCCCUUGGUUCAACACGCAUCUCUUAAUGCUACCUAUUAUAGGGAAUGAAUAUUAAGACAGAAUCAAAAGUUCAACAAAAAUAUGGAUUUGGAGAAGAAGUAAGAUAUAAAUGCCCAAAAAACAUGAUAAAUGUUUCGGUGACCAUCCUUUUGGUAGUUGUCAUCGUCAGAUUGCUACCGCAUUUGUUAUUGUUUACAUAAGCCGAGGUUUGAGGUUCUCCAUCAUAAAUCCGUAUACCAUAUUAUACGCAUUCCUUGCCAUCUUUCUUAACCUCCUAACAGCUACAUGUUUAUGCAUUACAUGCUUCUUGAUGUAAUAUUUUCCCUUGCGAUGGAAAUGAUGAUACUACUUGGAAGCGAUGGAUCUUCAUUUUCAUUAUCUUGACCUGAAAUUAAAAUCAUUUUAUGACAUUUUAUUUUUUUGUUCAACUGCAGAUAUAUAACGAUUCAGCUGAAGCCAAGAUCCCGGCAGUCAUUGACUACUUGAGCACUGUCAUUGAGGUAAAGUACUUUUAGGUUAUUUAUUUGCUUUCCAAAUUUGGUUUUGUUGUUUCAUUUUUUUCCUUUAUUGAAUGAAAAAAUUGAGUCAAAUUGAAGUUAAACUAUAAUAAACUUUCCAUUUGCUGCUGUUGGAAUAGACCAGAAUAUGAUACGUUCUUCGAAAACAUGUUCUACUUACUUUUUUCAUGUCACCAACAAGGUAAAUAUACUGCCCGUGAUCCAGUACACUCCAUCGCCGAGAAGGACGAUAUUAUUUAAAUCUGCACUGAGAUUUUUGUGCUUGGUUUGCUGAUUAGCUGGUUGUUUGUUGUUUGGAUAUGACUAUACUUUAUCCAAAACCUGGCAAAAGGCCCAUAUGCUGUUUAGUUUAAUAUGAUGAAUGUGAUAUCUUUUUAUGUAUGGAGAUUCAUUGGAUAUUUGUUCAACGCUUUUGCAGGCAGACUGUAAAUUCUUGAUAUUUGCAUAUCAUCAUCCAAUGCUUGAUGCAAUACACAAAUUUCUUCUUGUAAGUUAAUAAUCUUUCCCAUGUUUCCCUUAUGUUUCUCCAUUUUAAUGUUUAGUUUCCUAAUGCAUCCAGAAAAAGAAAGUGGGAUGUAUACGCAUUGAUGGCAGCACACCUUCGUCAACUAGGCAAGAGCUAGUCUCACAGUUUCAGGAGAAGGAUGAUAUCAAGGCUGCUGUUGUAUGAUGCCUCCACCUCAAAACUGAUAAUCCUUUUGUUUUUUCAACACAGUAAUAUGGUUAUUAGUCUUUAGACUCUUAGCUCUGAAUGACAUUUAUUCCGAGGAUCUAUCGGAGAGCUUUAGUACCCGGACUGGAGGUUGGUUCAAUCUCGUGAUUUUCUAGUUGGCGUCAGUGUGAUCCACCUGGUCACCUGAUAUUAUUUCUAAAUAAGCAGCUCCUCUUGUCCAUGAUGCGGGAAGAAUUACAUCGAUAAGUACAAAUAUAUUCCUUGCCAAACAACAGUUGCAGUGCUUGUGGAUCAAUGCGUAUUUGGUUUCAGCGUCCUCUCUGGACCUUAAGACACUUGCCUUGGCAUUACGCAUCAUAUUGUGCGGGGGUUUUCUAUUAUUCACUUCUUUCGUCCUAAACCAAGGAGCAUGCUACCGUUUUUGUGCAGCUUUCCAUUAAAGCUGCUGGGUUCGGGUUGACUUUGACGGCUGCAAGCACAGUCAUCUUUUCUGAGCUGUCCUGGACUCCGGGUGAUAUAAUCCAGGCAGAAGACCGUGCUUACAGGAUUGGACAGGUAAAUGUCGUGAACUCCAAGAUUUUUCACUCUCAUAUUUAUUUACAGAUAUGUGCAUAUAUAUGAUCUUUGGGGCAUGGACCUGGUACACCGGCGAUUGGCUUUACUUAACUGGAAGCGUGAUGCUUUGAAUAUGCAAUGUCUCCGUUUCUUUUUGACCUCAUGAGGUAAAAAGGUAGUUUAUGAAAGCGAUUUUCGAAAGAGAACCAACCCUUUUUUAAUCUGUCGGAUAUUGUUUGCUGAUUCCCACAUCAUGCUCCUGUCUCUCUCCGAUUUCUGGUCUAGAAAUCCCGAUUCCCUCUAUCUCAUCAAUCAGUUGUGAGAGAAUUUAGAGUUAGAAGCCUACAUCUCAGCCAAUGGCGUUAGAUAACGCAGACUAUCAUUCAAAACCUUACGUAUAUGAUCGCUCAUGGAAACCCAGUUACCUCGUGCUUGCCAUGUUUGAUGGGGUUCUCCUCGAUGAUGAAUGAACUGAAUUGUGUAUACUUUACUUUGAGAAUAAUAUGCUCUGAUUGACUGAGGCUUCCGUGGUGAUUGCGGUCUCCGAGUGUGAUGGACGCUCUGUGACCCUGUCAUUGGUGGUGGCAUCACAGUCCACUGUCACUCUGCAUUGCUCAAUAAUGAAUUUUCCAAAAUUGUUAUCAGGUACACUCAGUUAAUGUAUACUACCUCUUGUCCAAUGAAACAGUCGAUGACAUCAUGUGGUAA